CUCACUGACUCCCCUCUCUCUCAUUCCAUCUCACUUUUGCGGUUUUCAUCCAUAUCACAAGAGUUCAUUCAAUCAGACGUUUGAUCAGCCCGUCAAUAGUCUUGGGGAUAUACCCUUCAUCAUUGGUCCACCUCCCAAUCAUCACCCACUUGCUCUACAAUCAUCAUACAUCCGUUAGCCAUGGCGGACGACACGGCUACCACAGAGCAGGCUCCCAUUACCUUCACUGUCAAGUCAUCCACCGAUGCCAAAUAUACCCUGACCCUCCCCCUCACCACUCUGGUGUCAGAUCUCAAGCAGAAGCUCUCAACCCCCGAAAAUGCCGAUACCCCCGCAGAACGUCAGCGAUUGAUCUACUCGGGUAGAGUUUUGAAGGACACUGAGACACUAGAGACCUACAAGAUUAAGGAUGGCCAUACUAUUCAUCUCGUAAAGAGUGCUGCGAGCAACCAGCAGCGACAGAACACAGCUGCUCAGCCCAGCUCAGCCACUGCGGCUGCUGGAGCUACCCCAAACCCGGCGGCUGCCGGUGUCCCAACCAAUCUCGCCGCUGGUACUGGCAACAACCCACUUGCUGGCUUGACUGGUGCACGAUAUGCUGGAUUCGCACAACUUCCCGGGGCCGGUCUUUUCGGCCCUGAUGGUGGGAUGGGACCUCCUCCAGAUACUGAGUCAAUGCUCAACAUGCUCGAGAAUCCUCAAUUCCAAUCGAGCAUCAACGAAGCCCUGCAAAACCCCGCUAUGAUCGACAUGAUGAUCCAGCAGAAUCCCAUGCUUCGCGACAUGGGACCCGGAGUCCGGCAGAUGAUGGAAAGCCCAGAGUUUCGCCGCAUGUUGACCGAUCCGAGCUCGAUUCGACAGAUGAUGCAAAUGCAACGAGCUAUGGGAAUGGGUGGCGGCGGACUUGGUGGCGGCGAUAAUGCAUUCCCCGCCCCGGGGGUGACGAACACGACCGCUGAGGGAACCCCGGGUUCAGAGCAACAGAUAAAUCCAUUCGGACAGAUGCCUCAGAAUCCACUUGGAAACGCAAACCCUUUCGGUGCCCUCUUCGGAGCUAACCCGUUCGCAAACCCGGCCCAGCCUUCUGCCACCCCAGGCGCCACUCAGCCCGGCGGUGCACAAGGUGCCGACUCUACGGACCGAUCAGCACCUGCCGAGGGACAGACCCCUCAAGCUGCUCAGAACCCCUUCGCAUCUCUUCUAAACCCGGCCAUGUUCGGCAACGCUGGACAAGCUGGCCAGGGCGGUGCGAACCCGUUCAAUCCUCAGCAAAAUCCGUUCCUGCGUGACCCGGCGCUACUUUCCCAGAUGAUGCAGGGGAUGGGUGGACAGGGCGCAGAAGGUGGAGCCGCUGGUGCGAACCCUCUUGCUGCUCUACUUGGGGGUGGUGGUCUUGGUGGUUUCGGGGGUGGUUUCGGGGCGCCCCCACAGCCUGCAGACACCCGCCCCCCGGAGGAUCGGUACGCCGAUCAGUUGCGGCAGUUGAACGAUAUGGGAUUCUUUGAGUUCGAGCGGAAUAUCGAAGCCCUGCGUCGCGCAGGCGGCAGUGUUCAGGGAGCGGUGGAGUACCUCCUCAGCCACCCAUGA